AUGAACAUCAACCAGCCCGCUGAACAGUACAUCGUCAUUCCCGGAUGGCGGAAACGGACCGACGUCCGUGAUGUGGAGAGCCAGGCCUCAAGCGAUCCGGUCCGCCGACUCCCCGGAACACGCUGGAUGCCGACCAGGGUGAAGAACCAUUUCGUCGCUGUGCUGGGGGAGUUCGUGGGAACAUUCUCGUUCCUCUUCUUUGCUCUCUCUGCAGCACAAGUGGCCAAUGCAACUGCCGCCACCAGCGCCGUCGCCAACACGCUAGAUACGUCCGACUUGCUCUUCAUCGCCUUGGGCUUCGGCUUCUCGCUUGCCGCCAACGUCUGGGUCUUCUUCCGCAUCUCUGGUGGUCUGUUCAAUCCGGCAGUAGCGCUGGGCUUGUGUCUCAUUGGCGCUCUUGGUUGGGUCCGGGGCAGCCUUGUGAUCUUCGUACAGAUCGUCGGAGGCAUCGCCGCCGCCGCCAUCGUGUCCGCCCUCUUCCCAGGCACGAUGAACGUACGGACAACACUGAGUGACGACACGUCGGUCGUGCGCGGCCUGUUCAUUGAGAUGUUCUUGACCGCCCUGUUGGUCUUCACAGUCUUCAUGCUGGCGGCAGAAAAGCACAAGAGCACCUUCCUCGCGCCCAUCGGCAUCGGCUUGGCUCUCUUUGUUGCCGAGCUGCCAGGCGUCUACUUCACCGGAGGCAGUCUCAAUCCCGCCCGCUCGUUCGGUCCCGACGUCGUCCUCGGAAAGUUCGACGGCUACCACUGGAUCUAUUGGGUUGGCCCCGCAUUAGGCUCCAUACUUGCAGUCGUCAUGUACAGGCUCAUCAAGUCGCUCGAAUACGAAACGGCGAACCCGGGCCAAGACUUCGACGAGAACGAGAUCAAGGCUUUCCAGCCCGCCAGAGACCCACCAAGCACCCGCGAGGACGUCCGCCGCCCUGGCGCGCCCUUGGUCCAGUCGGGCAAGUUUUCCCCUUGUGUUCGCCGGUCUUGA